AUGAUAUGGCAGGAAGACGUGGAAUACAUCACUUUGUUGACCAAUCUUACUGAGGGACCAAAGGUAAAGUAUUGGCCAAAUGAGAGGGAAGAACUAAAACUAGGUCCAUUCUCCGUGAAAUUGAUUGAAGAAAAAGUAUAUGCAUACUAUGUUGUUAGGAAAAUGACUCUUUCGAGAAAGAAGGUUUCUGGGUCAAGGACAGUUGUACAGUUCCAUUUCACAAGAUGGCCUGACCACGGGAAGCCAAAUCCUCUGAACUUGAUCAUGUUUCUCAGACACUUCCGGCAUAAAAUGAGACCUACCAAUCAUCCAAUUGUUGUUCAUUGCAGCGCGGGAAUCGGUAGAACCGGGACAUUCAUUGCUCUGGACGUUCUGUCGAGGUACGGAGAGGAACAUGACAAAAUCAACGUCAUCGAGUUCGUUAAGGCCAUGCAUAAAGACAGGAUGACAAUGAUUCAAAACGUUGUUAUGUAA